AUGAACUUUGUAGUGGUAUUGUGUAUGGAAAGUGACGGAGAUGUUCGGGUGGUAGUGAAUAGGCGAAUUUAGUGGCAUGUUAGAUGUUUUUAUUUAAUUGGUUUAGUGUUCGUUUUUAUUCUUAGUGAAUGUGAUAUUUAUAGUAGUAUUAAUGUUGCUAAAAGAAACCAUGGGAAAUCAAUCCAAGUUGUCGGAAGAAGUUCCUUCGAAGGAUGGACAGCGUCAUCUCACGACGCUGCUGUUGAAGCGCCGUUUAGUGAAAGAUGAUAUUUGGUAUGUUAUAGAUGCAAAGUGGUAUCGUAAUUUUCAACGAUAUGUGGGGCUUGAUCAAGAUCCUGAAAAUCCCAUAAUGGAAGAAUUUCCAGGUCCUAUUGAUAAUAGUGCAAUUCUGACAGACUAUGGGGAACUCCGAGAACACCUUUGUGAAGAGAAUGAUUUUGUUCUAGUGCCAGAUGAACUUUGGGUCUUAUUAGUAAAGUGGUAUGGCGUUAUUUACAAUCAGAAACCAAUUGCAAGGAAGGUUGUUGAGUUUGGCGCCUUUACUAAAAGCUAUAAAGUUGAGAUCUACCUUUUGAACCUACAGUUUGCCAAAGAUUUUGACUUUGACUUCAUUUUGACGCACAAAUUCAGCAAAUCAGAUACAGUGGCACACAUUAUUGAGUUCAUGAAAAGGGCAUUCAGAAUUCCACCAUCUACACCUGUGAAACUAAUGGCCUGUUUCAAUAGUCAAGACUAUACUGAACUGAAUGAAAACUCUACCGUUAAUGAAGAAGGGUUGUAUGUGAAUCAGAUUCUAGUGCUUGCCACAAAGUUUUCAGCCCAAUACCCCCGAAAGAGCAGCCCACUGCCACCUUUUGCUGAAGCGUCGUGUGCUGAAGCUGAAAAUCCAGUUUCCUCCAGUUCUUCAUCAACAUCACUGAAUAUCGGAGCAGAGGGAGACAUACCUGCCUCAUCUGGUUAUUAUGGCUCUGGAACAGUACAGUCAUAUACAAAAGUUUCUGAGUAUGUGAGAACAUUACCACAAAAUUUAUCACCAGCUUCAUCAUCUUCAUCUUCGUCUAGUAUAUGUUUCCCUAAUGCAACGUCAAGUCAGUCAUCAAUGUGGAGUAUGAUGGCAGAGCCGGGUACUUCUUCUGGCUAUACUGCACGAUCUCGGAGCAGCUCAACACUAACAUCUGUCGGACCAUUGUCGCAAAGGUCACCGUCGUCAGCUCCGAGCACGAGUUCCAUGACCACCAGGUACAGUGCGAGUGGUUCUGGCUAUAGUCGAAUGAUUCAUCCAUCGCAGCCUGGGAUCUGUGGACUGUCAAAUCUGGGAAAUACAUGUUUCAUGAACUCUGUCAUUCAGUGUAUGAGUAAUUGUCCCCCUAUAACACUGUACUUUUUGAAUGAUGUGUACCAAAAGGAGUUGAAUACAGAUAAUCCACUUGGGAUGAGGGGAGAAAUUGCAGUUGCAUUUGGAGAUUUGAUAAAAACAAUCUGGAGUGGGCAUAAUGCUUACACAGUACCACAUAACUUCAAACACCAGGUAGGAAAAUUUGCUCCACAAUUCUCAGGAUAUCAACAGCAUGACUCCCAAGAACUGUUAACCUUUUUAUUGGAUGGGUUGCAUGAGGACCUAAAUCGAAUUAGACAGAAGCCAUACAUUGAGCUACGCGAUGCUGAUGGACGUCCAGAUAAAGAAGUUGCAGAAGAGUCGUGGAAAAAUUAUCGUAGACGAAAUGAUUCCAUUAUUGUUGAUGUAUUCCACGGGCUGUUAAAAUCUACUGUUGUCUGCCCAGAAUGUUCGAAGGUUUCAAUAACAUUCGAUCCAUUUUGCUAUUUGUCUCUGCCUCUACCUAUCAGAAGGGAACGGGUAAUUGAGGUUACAUUUGUGCCACAUGAUACUACAAACAAGAUAUGUAAAUACCGAUUAAACAUGAUACGGAAGGGUACUAUACAAACAUUGUUAACUGCAUUCAGUAGUAUGACUAGAAUUAAAACAGAACACUUAAUUGUGGCUGAAAUUCAGAGCCACCAUUUCCAUAAGUUUUACACUGUCAAUGAUCCUUUGGAUAGCAUUGAUGAAAAGGAUGAAAUAUUUAUAUACGAAGUACCAGAUAGGAACAAUUCCAAUUCGAUAAUGAUUCCAGUCUGUAUGUGGGAAUAUAACCCAAAUCAAACAUUUAAUUUUAGUCAGCUAUUUGGAAUUCCUAUAAUUGUGACAUUACCAAAGGAUCAAAUUUCUCAUGCUGUGUUAUAUGAUGCCAUAAUUGAGAAGUUAACUCCUUUCUUGGUAUCACAAAAUGAUAACAGGCUUCAUAGGCUCAGUGUUGACGAGGAGUCAAAUUCAGUAUCAAAUCAGCUGAUAGAACAUCAGAGUGAAGACACUGACAACAUUAACCAACCUUGCAAUGGUGAUGCCACUGAAGAUCAGCUAUUCACUCUGUGUGUUGUCAAUCCAGCAACUACAUCUGUUGUGUUUAAAAUACAUGCGGACCUUGUUCCAUUUGAAUUACCAGUUUCAGGGCAUACAGGUGGUCAAUAUAUUGUCACUCAAUGGAAUCAAAAUACCAGACAGCAGUAUUACCAGGAAUAUGAUGUUCAUUCGGUGGACUCAUUCGAGCCGCGCCAUCGACGCAGUAGCACCAAACUCUCUCUCCAGGAUUGUAUAAGCCUCUACACAAUGACUGAGAAGUUAGGAGCAGAUGAUGCAUGGUAUUGCCCAACCUGCAAGAGACACAUGUGUGCAACAAAGAAGUUUGAUCUUUGGAACCUUCCUGAUAUUCUCAUCAUUCAUCUGAAACGUUUUUCAUACAGCAAAUACAGAAGAGAUAAAAUUGAUACACAUGUGGACUUUCCUCUACGGGAACUUGACAUGUCAAGCUAUGUCAUUAAUUCAGAACAUCCUCCUGCAGUAUAUGACCUAAUUGGUGUAUGUAAUCACUAUGGAGGAAUGGGUGGUGGCCACUAUACUGCAUAUGCAAAGAACAGACUUGAUGAAAAGUGGUAUUGUUUCGAUGACAACAGUGUUACAGAGAUUUCGGAACAGAGUGUUGUGAGCCAUGCAGCCUAUGUUUUAUUUUACAUGAGAGAGGGAUGUGAGAGUAAGUAUAAACAAAAAGUUACCACGACAGACAUCAACAGGGAAACUGACUAGGCAGGGCAUUCAGAAACCGAUGCUAAAUCACCAACUUGUGCCUGUUUAAGUUUGUGCUAGUAAUUUGUAUUACAGAGAUGUCUGAUAAAACUCAUUCUACUGUGAUAAUUAUAUUUACCAGUAUGUAUAUAAGUAUUUAUUCUGUGGGUGGGAGUUGUUUAUCAGUGUUUUCAGUAUUUGUAAAUUAUUAUUCAGUGAGUUGAUUUCUGGCACAAGUCGAAACAGUUAAUGCUAUUUUUUAAUGUACACUCCUUCACUAAGAAAUAUUGUGGGUAUAUCAUCCUUCACAAACCUCUGUUGACAUGUUUGUGUUGAAGUGAAAAAUUUUUGUUUUAAGCAUUGUGAACUGGGUUUCUGUACACACACCAUAAAGUAGAAUUUUGCCUAGUAGACAGGAGGAAACUGAGCUAUGACCAGCUAUUUAUUAGCACUGUCUUUCCAUGAUGAUACCUUGAAAAAAAGAAAAAAAAGAUAAAAAAAUCAAUUCUUGGUGUAACGCAUUAGA